AUGGCCGUUCUAAACUCGACUAGAAUAACAGAGUUGUCCACAAAGGCCACAGAUCAGGUUUCAUCCGGGAAAAGGGGUUGUUUUUGGAGACACCAAGGCAGAAUUAGAUGGCAAAACGGAAGCAAAAGUUUGGAUUCUAGGUUGGGAAUGACAAGAACUGAAAAGGGAAAUUUGAGAGGAACACAUGGUGGUGCAUCUCCUGCAACAACAACAACAGAGGACUCUGCCCAUCAUUUUCUAUUGACAGAUGCUGCAGAUAAAUUUGUGAAGAACAUCAGGGAAGCUCAAGCUUACUUCCAAGGUCACAGGGGAAGCACAUUCGUGGUGGUUUUGUCUGCUGAAAUUAUUGAUAGCUCUUACUUGCCUUCCAUACUUGAGGAUAUUUCGGUACUUCAUACCCUGGGAAUCAAAUUUGUUCUUGUUCCAGGGACGCAUGUGCAAAUUGACAAGCUUUUGGUUGAAAGAGGAAAUGAACCCAAAUAUGUUGGACGCUAUAGAAUCACUGAUUCUGAUUCCCUUCAAGCUGCAAUGGACGCAGCUGGGAGAAUUCGCAUGAUGAUAGAGGCAAAGCUGUCUCCCGGGCCUUCCUUAAGUGGCAUUCGCCGACAUGGAGAGAACAGCCGUUGGCAUGAUGGUGUUAGUGUUGCUAGUGGUAAUUUUCUUGCUGCCAAGAGAAGAGGAGUUGUCGAGGGAAUCGAUUAUGUAUCUACCGGUGAAGUGAAGAAAAUAGAUGUUGCUCGCAUCCGAGAAAGGCUCAACCAGGAUUCUAUAGUAAUCUUAAGCAAUCUUGCAUAUUCUAGCUCGGGCGAAGUUUUAAAUUGCAACACAUAUGAAGUUGCUACAGCCUGUGCCUUGGCUCUUGGAGCUGAGAAGCUAAUCUGUAUAAUAGAUGGGCCAAUUCUUGAUGAGCAUGGUCGUCUUAGAAACUUCCUAACUCUUCAAGAUGCUGACAAGCUGAUACGACAACGUGCUGAACAAAGUGAGACAGCAGCUAAUUAUGUAAAAGCGGUUGGUCAGGGUGGUCUGACUCAUUUGGAGCUUAAUGAUCAGUGUGGAACAGAACCUUCUGUGAAUGGAAAUGGAUUCAGCCAUAAAUAUACUGCAACAUUUCAGAAUGGUGUUGGUUUUGACCAUGGUAGUGAACCAGGUUUUGCCAUUGGAGGCCAAGAGAGGCUCAGCCGACUAUUUGGAUACCUUUCAGAAUUAGCUGCAGCAGCUUUUGUGUGCAGGGGGGGAGUUCAAAGAGUUCAUCUUUUAGAUGGCACCAUUGGUGGAGUCUUGCUGAAGGAGUUGUUUCAGAGAGACGGUGUAGGUACUAUGGUGGCAAGCGAUCUUUAUGAAGGAACGCGUAUGGCUACAAAAACUGAUAUCUCAAAAAUUAAACAGCUGAUACAACCUCUGGAAGAAUCUGGCACGUUGAUCAAGAGAACUGAAGCGGAGCUUCUUGAAUCACUGGAUUCACUCAUCGUUGUGGAAAGAGAAGGUCAAAUCAUUGCCUGUGCAGCUUUAUUUCCCUUCUUUGAAGAUAAGUGUGGAGAGGUUGCCGCGAUUGCUGUUUCUCCUGAAUGCCGUGGUCAAGGGCAGGGUGACAAAUUACUUGAUUAUAUUGAGAAAAAGGCAUCUGCUAUGGGAUUACAAUUUCUUUUCCUACUAACAACUCGCACUGCAGAUUGGUUUGUGAGGCGCGGCUUCUCGGAAUGCUCCAUCAAGUUUCUUCCACAAGAGAGGCAGAAAAAGAUCAAUUUAUUACGUAAUUCCAAGUACUAUAUGAAGAAGCUGCUACCUGACCGCAGUGGCAUCCGACUGAAUAGUUCUUUUACAUCGUAUUAG